UGAGCCAAGAAUGAUCCGAUGUAUUCAGUGUAACUUAAGAGCGCGGGAAACGCGUAUGUGCGAAUUAUACACGGUGCGCCCGCAGUGACAGUGGAUAUUAUUAACUAUUUAAUUAGGACCUUUCAGCCAAGAUAAAUCAAAAUGGCGCCACCAAAUGUGACGGAUAAUGAAACUCAGUACCACCCCGUUCCCGUGGUUGAUGACACCGAAUGUAAUGAUAAAAAAUCUGACGAAAAUAAACCUACCCAAACUGAUAAAACACUGUGUCACAAGGAUGAAACUAAAGAAACUGAACCAUUAAAUAAUGACGAAGACGAACCCGAUCCAGGAGUAGUGGUUCCUCCGGAUGGCGGAUGGGGAUGGGUCAUCGUGGUUGCGUCCUUUAUGUGCAACAUGGUAGUGGACGGUAUCAUCUUCUCAUUCGGAGCUUUUCUGCCGGGGAUGGCGGAGAGCUUUCAAGUUUCCAAAGCUCAUGUAACUCUGGUGGGAUCACUGUUGUCUGGGUUCUAUUUGAUAACUGGUCCAUUUGCUAGUGCGUUAGCCAAUAGAUAUGGGUUCCAACUUGUGGCCGUCGUAGGAGGAGUAUUAGGAUCAGCUGCGUUUGCCAUUUCAUAUUUCGCCACCAGCGUCCCAUUCCUCUGCGUUUCUUAUGGAGUUCUAGGAGGAAUUGGGUUCGGCCUAAUCUACGUUCCUUCAGUCAUAACUGUAGGUUUCUAUUUCGAAAGAUGGAGGGCACUGGCAACAGGUAUUGCUGUCUGCGGUUCUGGAAUAGGAACUUUCCUCUUCACUCCAAUCAGCGAAAUGAUGAUUGAGAGCCUUGGGUGGAGGGCGGCGCUUCUUUGCCAAGGAGCAAUUGUACUGACAUGUGUUUUAUACGGAUUAGCAUUUAAGCCGUUAAAGCCGACAAAAGUAAAAGACAUUGAGGAAGCUGAAGGAAAGGAACUGGUUAUGGAUCCCAGUAAAUUGCCCCCAGCUGCUAAAAGGAAAAUGGAGGAAGCCAUGAAAAUAAUGAAACAUGAAUCAGCAUAUUCUGUUCAUGACACACAAACAUCAAUUUCUAGAAUGCUUGGAGUCAACAAUAACUCUGAUUACCCUAGGUUAUCGGACGUUUAUCAUACUAUCAGCAUUCCUUCAAGGAAAGUACUUGAAAUCUACACCACUGAAAAACGACUAAGUGUACCCUUCAUCUCUGAAAAAGAUAAACCAAAAAAUAAUGAUUUAAAACAUAAUCUUUUGGAUACUAAGGGUACUUCUAUAACCAUCGUUCCCAAAAGAAAGCGAACUAUUUCUGAGAAUCAAGAUCACGAUGUUAGCAGACCAAUGUACAGGGAUGAUAUUUUCUUUGGUGCCAGCUUGACAAGACUUCCUCAAUACACAUCACGCUCAUCUAUCGCAUACAAUUUGGCUGUGACUCGUAUGCCCACACAAAACGACAUUGAAGAAGAAAGGAAACAUACAUGCAAAUUAUGUCCGGAGGCUGUAAAGAGGACGCUUGCAACUAUGUUGGAUUACAGUCUUCUUAAAUCGCCAUCAUUUAUUAUACUAUCGUUUGGAGGAUUUUUAACAAUGAUGGGAUUCUACGUUCCGUUUAUGUACUUAAAAGAUCGCGCCACCUCUGAAGGAUUUUCCGUGGAAAAAGCAGUAUGGCUAGUGUCUUCAAUUGGAAUUUCAAAUACCAUUGGGAGAGUUAUGUGUGGCAUUUUAAGUUCCUUCCCAAGUGUUAACGCUUUACUCGUAACGAACGUUGCCCUAACCAUUGGAGGGAUUGCUACAAUAUUUAGCGGAUUUUCCAUGUCCGCCGAGUACCAGUUCUUCUAUACCGCUGUCUUUGGAUUAGCAAUUUCUUGUUUUGCGUCGUUAAGAUCUAUUAUCGUGGUGGACCUAUUAGGACUGGAAAAAUUAACCAACGCUUUUGGGUUGCUACUUCUGUUCCAAGGAGUGGCUGCCAUAAUUGGUGCACCUUUGGCCGGAGCUUUUAUGGACGCCACUGGUAGUUACGACUAUUCAUUCUACCUUUCUGGAAGCAUGCUUCUCGCAUCUGCUGUGAUUUGCUAUCCAUUAAACUACAUCAACAAAUGGGAGAUCCGUAGGAACAAUAAAUUACAAAAUCAAAAACCGGUUUCGGUUUAACAUUAAUUUAAAAUUAAUAUUUAUAAAAUAAUUAAUUUACGUACCUACUUGCUUUAUAGCAUUUUAUUGUACCAAUCAAUAAUUUAAAUUAAUAUGUUUAUAAGGCAAACCUUCAAUGUUAGGCAUUAUUCUGUAUAUGACAUUGGUGGUCUUCAUCGCAAAACAUUUGAAGCAUUUUUUAUUUAACUGUGGGAUGUAGACAGUACAGUGCUUGAAUUGAAUUGGAAUUUUAUUAACAUGCAAUAGGAUUUAAAGCAAUUAAUGAAAAUUUAUUUAUUUAUGGAAUGAUAUUAAAUAGAAUUAUACAUGUACUUACUCUGUAGAUAUUGUAUGUAUUUGUAAAUGUGUAUCGUAGGCAUUGAACUAUUAUUUCCUUCCGUUUUAGUAAUUUCUGACAGAAAAUUCCUAGAAUUGCACUUAGGACAUUAUGUUUUUACAGGGUUUUUUAUUUUUUAAUUGCCCAUAUAAGACUGAUUUACUUAGUAAGGUUGUAAAUAUGUAUUUAACUAGAUAUUAACGAUUGUAUUUAUUACCUUAAUUAUUACAUUAACAUGUAACUAAUUUAUUGGACAUUCCAAUUAUUACUUUGUAUAGCUGUAGACCAAAAUAAUAUAGAGUAUAAGAGAUUUUAUAUGAAAUUAAUAAAACUAUUUCAAAUCUA